AUGUAUCGGCGGGUCAGGGCCGAGGGAACGUUAUCGGCGACGGAAGCUGGUCAGGGCCGAGCAGAACGUUAUCGGCGACAGAAGCUGGUCAGGGCCGAGCAGGAACGUUAUCGGCGACAGAAGCUGGUCAGGGCCGAGCAGGAACGUUAUCGGCGACAGAAGCUGGGGCCGAGCAGGAACGUUAUCGGCGACGAAGCUGGUCAGGGCCGAGGGGAACGUUAUCGGCGACAGAAGCUGGUCAGGGCCGAGCAGGAACGUUAUCGGCGACAGAAGCUGGUCAGGGCCGAGCAGGAACGUUAUCGGCGACGGAAGUUAUCGGCGACAGAAGCUGGUCAGUGCCGAGCAGGAACGUUAUCGGCGACGGAAGCUGGUCAGGGCCGAGCAGGAACGUUAUCGGCGACAGAAGCUGGUCAGGGCCGAGCAGGAACGUUAUCGGCGACAGAAGCUGGUCAGGGCCGAGCAGGAACGUUAUCAACGACAGAAGCUGGUCAGGGGCGAGCAGGAACGUUAUCGGCGACAGAAUCGGCGACGCUGGUCAGGGCCGAGCAGGAACGUUAUCGGCGACAGAAGCUGGUCAGGGCCGAGCAGGAACGUUAUCGGCGACAGAAGCUGGUCAGGGCCGAGCAGGAACGUUAUCGGCGACGGAAGCUGGUCAGGGCCGAGCAGGAACGUUAUCGGCGACAGAAGCUGGUCAGGGCCGAGCAGGAACGUUAUCGGCGACAGAAGCUGGUCAGGCCGAGCAGGAACGUUAUCGGCGACAGAAGCUGGUCAGGGCCGAGCAGGAACGUUAUCGGCGACGGAAGCUGGUCAGGGCCGAGCAGGAACGUUAUCGGCGACGGAAGCUGGUCAGGGCCGAGCAGGAACGUUAUCGGCGACGGAAGCUGGUCAGGGCGAGCAGGAACGUUAUCGGCGACGAAGCUGGUCAAGCUGGUCAGUGCCAGAAGCUGGUCAGGGCCGAGCAGGAACGUUAUCGGCGACAGAAGCUGGUCAGGCCGAGCAGGAACGUUAUCGGCGAGGAACCGUUAUCGGCGACAGAAGCUGGUCAGUGCCGAGCAGGAACGUUAUCGGCGACAGAUGCUGGUCAGUGCCGAGCAGGAACGUUAUCAUCGGCGACAGAAGCUGGUCAGGGCCGAGCAGGAACGUUAUCGGCGACGGAAGCUGGUCGGUGCCGAGCAGGAACGUUAUCGGCGACGGAAGCUGGUCAGGGCCGAGCAGGAACGUUAUCAGCGACAGAAGCAGGGCCGAGCAGCAACGUUAUCCGAGCAGGAACGUUAUCGGCGACAGAAGCUGGUCAGGGCCGAGCAGGAACGUUAUCGGCGACAGAAGCUGGUCAGGGCCGAGCAGGAACGUUAUCGGCGACAGAAGCUGGUCAGGGCCGAGCAGGAACGUUAUCGGCGACAGAAGCUGGUCAGGGCCGAGCAGGAACGUUAUCGGCGACGGAAGCUGGUCAGGGCCGAGCAGGAACGUUAUCGGCGACAGAAGCUGGUCAGGGCCGAGCAGGAACGUUAUCAGCGACAGAAGCUGGUCAGGGCCGAGCAGGAACGUUAUCGGCGACGGAAGCUGGUCAGGGCCGAGCAGAACGUCGGCGACGGAAGCUGGCGAGCAGGAACGUUAUCGGCGACAGAAGCUGGUCAGGGCCGAGCAGGAACGUUAUCGGCGACAGAAGCUGGUCAGGGCCGAGCAGGAACGUUAUCAGCGACAGAAGCUGGUCAGGGCCGAGCAGGAACGUUAUCGGCGACAGAAGCUGGUCAGGGCCGAGCAGGAACGUUAUCGGCGACGGAAGCUGGUCAGUGCCGAGCAGGAACGUUAUCGGCGACAGAAGCUGGUCAGUGCCGAGCAGGAACGUUAUCGGCGACAGAAGCUGGUCAGUGCCGAGCAGGAACGUUAUCGGCGACGGAAGCUGGUCAGGGCCGAGCAGGAACGUUAUCGGCGACAGAAGCUGGUCAGGGCCGAGCAGGAACGUUAUCGGCGACGGAAGGAACGUGGCGACGGAAGCUCAGGGCGAGCAGGAACGUUAUCGGCGACGAAGCAGGAACGUUAUCGGCGACGGAAGCUGGUCAGUGCCGAGCAGGAACGUUAUCGGUGACAGAAGCUGGUCAGGGCCGAGCAGGAACGUUAUCGGCGACAGAAGCUGGUCAGGGCCGAGCAGGAACGUUAUCGGCGACAGAAGCUCAGGGCCGAGCAGGAACGGGCCGAGCAGGAACGUUAUCGGCGACAGAAGCUGGUCAGGGCCGAGCAGGAACGUUAUCGGCGACAGAAGCUGGUCAGUGCCGAGCAGGAACGUUAUCGGCGACAGAAGCUGGUCAGGGCCGAGCAGGAACGUUAUCGGCGACGGAAGCUGGUCAGGCCGAGCAGGAACGUUAUCGGCGACGUAAGCUGGUCAGGGCCGAGCAGGAACGUUAUCGGCGACGAAGCUGGUCAGGGCCGAGCAGGAACGUUAUCGGCGACAGAAGCUGGUCAGGGCCGAGCAGGAACGUUAUCGGCGACAGUAAGCUGGUCAGGGUCGGGGGCGAGCAGGAACGUUAUCGGCGACGGAAGCUGGUCAGGGCCGAGCAGGAACGUUAUCGGCGACAGAAGCUGGUCAGCCGAGCAGGAACGUUAUCGGCGACGGAAGCUGGUCGGGGCCGAGCAGAAACGUUAUCGGCGACGGAAGCUGGUCAGGGCCGAGCAGGAACGUUAUCGGCGACGGAAGCUGGUCAGGAGCCGAGCAGGAACGUUAUCGGCGACAGAAGCUGGUCAGGGCCGAGCAGGAACGUUAUCGGCGACAGAAGCUGGUCAGGCCGAGCAGGAACGUUAUCGGCGACGGACGGACGACAGAAGCUGGUCAGGCCGAGGAACGUGGUCGACGGAAGCCGAGCAGGAACGUUAUCGGCGACAGAAGCUGGUCAGGUUAUCGGCCGAGCAGGAACGUUAUCGGCGACAGAAGCUGGUCAGGGCCGAGCAGGAACGUUAUCGGCGACAGAAGCUGGUCAGGGCCGAGCAGGAACGUUAUCGGCGACGGAAGCUGGUCAGGGCCGAGCAGGAACGUUAUCGGCGACGGAAGCUGGUCAGGGCCGAGCAGGAACGUUAUCGGCGACAGGAAGCUGGUCAGGGCCGAGCAGGAACGUUAUCGGCGACAGAAGCUGGUCAGGGCCGAGCAGGAACGUUAUCGGCGACAGAAGCUGGUCAGGGCCGAGCAGGAACGUUAUCAGCGACAGAAGGUCUGGUCAGGGCCGAGCAGGAACGUUAUCGGCGACAGAAGCUGGUCAGGGCCGCCGGUCAGGAACGCGACAGAAGCUGGUCAGUGCCGAGCAGGAACGUUAUCGGCGACGGAAGCAGGGCCGAGCAGGAACGUUAUCGGCGACAGAAGCUGGUCAGUGCCGAGCAGGAACGUUAUCGGCGACAGAAGCUGGUCAGGGCCGAGCAGGAACGUUAUCAGCGACAGAAGCUGGUCAGGGCCGAGCAGGAACGUUAUCGGCGACGGAAGCUGGUCAGGGCCGAGCAGGAACGUUAUCGGCGACGGAAGCGGUCAGCAGGAACGUUAUCGGCGACAGAAGCUGGUCAGGGGCCGAGCAGGAACGUUAUCAGCGACAGAAGCUGGUCAGGGCCGAGCAGGAACGUUAUCGGCGACAGAAGCUGGUCAGGGCCGAGCAGGAACGUUAUCAGCGACAGAAGCUGGUCAGGGCCGAGCAGGAACGUUAUCGGCGACGGAAGCUGGUCAGGGCCGAGCAGGAACGUUAUCGGCGACGGAAGCUGGUCAGGGCCGAGCAGGAACGUUAUCAGGACAGAAGCUGGUCAGGGCCGAGCAGGAACGUUAUCAGCGACAGAAGCUGGUCAGGGCCGAGCAGGAACGUUAUCGGCGACAGAAGCUGGUCGAGGGCCGAGCAGGAACGUUAUCGGCGACCGAGAAGAUGGUCAGCUGGUCAGGGCCGACAGAAGCUGGUCAGGGAGCAGGAACGUUAUCGGCGACAGAAGCUGGUCAGUGCCGAGCAGGAACGUUAUCGGCGACAGAAGCUGGUCAGUGCCGAGCAGGAACGUUAUUGGCGACGAAGCUGGUCAGUGCCGAGCAGGAACCUUCCGUCGCCGAUAACGUUCCUGCUCGGCACUGACCAGCUUCCGUCGCCGAUAACGUUCCUGCUCGGCCCUGACCAGCUUCUCAUCGCCGAUACACAAUUCAUUUUCAUUUUCCUAUGUAAGCAGUUUUCUUCUCUUCGUUUCGUAAGUCUUUUUUCAUCUCUCCUUUCAUCUCUUUCUUUCAGCUUUUCUUUCUCUUUCCUUUUUGUUCUCUUUCUGUUUAAAUCGAUUCUUGUCUCUCUUUCUUUAAAGAAAUUAUCUAUUUCUUUUUUCCUCCUUUUUCGAUUAUUCCUUCCUUCACUUUCUCUAUUAUUUUUUCCAUUUCUGUCUUUCCUUUUUUUUCUAUCUUCAUUCGUCUCGCUUUUUCUCUUAUUUUCAUUUUCUCGUUUUCUCUCUCUACAGCAAUCUCUCCGUUUUUUUCUUCUUUCUUUUGAGUUUUUCUGGCUUUCUUCCUCUUUUUACAUUCAAUUCUUUUUACUCAUCUCUCUCUCUCGUUUUCUAUUUCUUUUUCUCUUUACAACAUUCGUCUUUUGCAUCGUUAUCUAUCGUCUUUCUAUAUUUUCCUAA